CUCUUCCGUUUCAACUCUCCCUUCUAUUCAUUUCAAACCAUUUUUCUGUCUCCCUCUCUACAAUUCUUAGUUCAUACCAAUGAAAACUCUGCCACAAAUCUUCUGCUCAAGAUCAUGGCGUUCCUCCGACAACAACCAUCCUACCUUCAGAACCACCGGGGUUCUUAUCUUCUCCUUCUUCCUCCUCCUCGGCUUAUUCGUGCGUAUCGGAUGGGUUAAACCGCCCAUAUAUUGGAGGGGGAAAGGGAUGGCAGAGCACAGGUCAAAUCUUUACCGUCCAUCUAAUGCCACUUGCCCGCCGCACUUCCGUUGGAUCCAUGAAGAUCUACGCCCAUGGAGAAACAAGGGGAUCACUAAGAAAAUGGUGGAUGGGGCCCGCAAAACGGCCAAUUUCAAGGUGAUAAUCGUGGACGGGCGGGUGUAUGUGGAGAAAUAUAAAGGCUCAAUCCAGACCAGAGAUCUGUUCACCAUGUGGGGGAUUUUGCAACUUGCGAGAUGGUACCCUGGGAAAUUGCCAGAUCUUGAACUCAUGUUUGACUGUGAUGAUCGCCCAGUCGUCCGAUCUAAAGACUUUAGUGGUCCAUUGGCGGACCCACCUCCAUUGUUCCGCUACUGCUCUGAUGACUCCAGCUUGGAUAUUGUUUUCCCUGAUUGGUCCUUCUGGGGUUGGGCGGAGAUAAACAUAAAGCCAUGGAGGAAGGUAUUGGAGGACAUAAAGGAAGGGAACAAAAGAACCAAAUGGAAGGAGAGGGUGCCCUUUGCUUACUGGAAGGGUAACCCACAUGUUGAUCCCUCUAGGGGAGACCUUCUCAAAUGCAAUCUCACCCAACACCAAAAUUGGGACACUCUUUUAUACGCUCAGGAUUGGGAUAAAGAGUCGAAAGAAGGGUACAAGCAAUCAAAUUUGGAAGAUCAAUGUACGCACAGGUACAAGAUUUACAUAGAAGGAUGGGCGUGGUCGGUGAGCGAGAAGUACAUAAUGUCAUGCGACUCAAUGACGUUGUAUGUGAAGCCAAGGUUCUUUGAUUUCUUCGUUAGGGGAAUGCUUCCUUUGCAGCACUUUUGGCCCAUUAAUGAUCGAUCCAAAUGUUGUUCUCUCAAAUUUGGUGUCGAAUGGGGUAACAAUCACACGAAUCAGGCACAAGCAAUAGGAGAGGAAGGGAGCAAGUACUUGCAUGAGAAUCUAAAGAUGGAAUUAGUGUAUGAUUACAUGUUUCAUUUACUCAACGAGUACAGCAAGCUUCUCAAAUUUCGGCCGUCGGUUCCUGGCGGUGCGGUGGAGCUUAGGCCUGAGACGAUGAUCGCCGCCGCAAAUGGGUUGCAUAAGAAAUUUAUGGAAGAUUCGUUGGAGAAGUCUCGGAGCAAGUUUGAGCCGUGCAAUUUGGCGCCUAAUGAUCCAACGGUCCUGAGGGAGUUUGAAGACAAGAAAUUAAAUGCCCUUAAGAAAGUUGAAAAUUGGGAAAAGGAAUAUUGGGAAAAUGAGAGGAAGGGAAAUUAAAAUAAAUAAUAUGUAUUUACAUUACUAUUAUACUUUUUUAAUGAUACCAAAAGCAAAGAGGUGAGGACGUCGAUCGGAUA